AUGGGCCAGCCAGUAUAUUCCGGCGAUGAACACCAUCAGUUUAGACAUGGGUUCAGAGAAGGGUUUGGAAAUGCGAUGAACCAAUUCAGCAAUGGAACCCAUUCUGGCAGAGGGCAUGGGAGAGGCAAUAUUGCGGCUAGCCACUUGGUUACCCUCAUAUUCUUGAAACUAAAUCUUCAAAAUCGCUCCUCUAUCAUCAUAACAGCCGCAUUCAGCGUGACUGCCUCGACUUUCGUGAUAUUGAGCGUUAUGUACGGUAGCUGGAAGUUGUCAAGAAGAAUUUAUCGACCGCAUACGAGGGAGCAGAAAAGGGACAGGUGUUUGGCAACUCUGUUACACUGGGCUAUGCUCUGGUCUGAUAUCGGUCUGGCGUUGACAAUAAGUCUGAUCGUCUUAAUGGUCGUGAAUGGGACCAUUUUAUCAAUGAGACUAAGAAGAACUGCGCAGCUUGACGUGAAGGAUAGGAUUGCCGCAAGUAGUAUUGUGUAUUACCUGGCUGGCACCGUCAUCCUCUUUACUCUCGUCCUCCCUUUCUGGGUACAGGGUGCAUUUUUGCACAGAGCGAGCAGUUCUUCGCUGGUGAUGGGUUCCAUAGCUUUGAAUCUAUUUGGUGUAGUUUAUGCAUUUAUUUACCUUCUCCUCCGCGCAAAUGGAAGGAACAUGAUGAUCGGCCCAGGAGACUCCGCAUGGUCGAAAGAUCUUUCAAACGGGUUCGGUUCAACAGAACUUGCUCUGGCAACACAAGUCAACCAACCUAUUGUUGCUGAGAAAUGGCACGAAUCGUACCUUGAGAAAACAAACCAUCUCUCUAGCGACGAGGAUGACCUCAAAGACGAGCAGCUACCGAAAACGAGGAGUCUUAAACGCCUUCCAUUCAACCCAAUCUCUAUACCACGCCCACCCGCCCUACAUUCCCGAAAACCGUCUAGCUAUUCUCUUUUCCCCACCAGAGAUUCCCCCCGUAUCACAAAGCCAUCCGUUCUAAACUUCCAUGAUAGUCGCGAAGACAUGUUAGCUCCGCCUCGACCAUCUUAUAUCCGUCAUCGACGCCUCUCCUCCGAAGUUAGUGCAGCCACAGUUCAAAUAGGUCUUAGGUUGAGCAACAUUGCGAUGCCGGCCCACUUUCAAAGCCACAACUCGUCAACAAUAAGUUUAGGAAUUUCUCCGACUCCAACAGAAGAAACGUCCAUUUAUCCGUCUGCUGAAAACCACACUCCAAGAUCCCCGCGUUUUAAAGAUUCACAUAUGAACCUAAAACCCUUAGCUAACCUGCUAACCACUCCUUCUAUAAGCCGAAGUGGUGGUUACCUUAAUAGAAUAUCACCCUUGAGGCAAAAUCCACCAGGAUUGGAAAUUGACCCUCCAAAUUCUCGCCGAUUAAGUCCCAUAAGGAAAAUACGUGCCCAACCAACCGGCAUGGAAGUUGACCUUCCACCCACCCCACUAGUGGUUUUGAAGGGUGACAGAAAUACCCCAAAUGAGACGUCAUCUCCUUUGGCUCAAUCUACCUCAAUGUAUCCGACUCCAACCCAAUCUUCCUGGCCACUUCCCAGCCCCUUAUCCCUUCUACCAAACAAAACCUUCAAGCAACCUGCUCAUUGGAUUUAA